GGAGCUUGAAUGGGAUUGUAUUCUUUAGGAAUGCUGCUUUGUGGAGCUGAAAUUGGAAUGAGCAUAAAAUGAUCAGUGCUGCAAGACACUCUCUCCCUGCAGUGGGUCAUUCAGUCUCCCUCUGCUAUCUAAGAAUGUCACUGAUUACAGGCAACUUUCUUGCACUGAAUUCAAGAAUGCCAUCUGUUUCAGCAUGCUGAAAUUAUGCUCUUUCUCUCUCUCUGGGCUUGUUGGAGUGGAUAUAAGAUUGCAGGUUCUACAGAAGAUGGAAUAUUUAGCUCUGUUCCUAUGGACUUUACCUGUCACUAUACUGAAAUGCACAUCCAUGCAACUUUUGACAAUCCUAUGGAUUGGAAGUUUAGACAAGACAUUUCAGCUGUACUGCCUGUGUUGUGUAUCAUUUGCAGCAUCUUUAAACAGUGACAGCGGGGUUGGUGGAUUAAACCAUGAUUAUUUCUUUGUAACACCCAUUGAAGUGGACAUUAGUGGCGCUUAUGUUUCCCAUGAUAUUUUGCACAUCAGUAGAAAAAGGAGAUCAGCGCGAAGUUCAAAGUCUUCCCUGCACUACAGAUUUUCAGCAUUUGGACAGGAACUGCACUUAGAGCUCCAGCAGUCUUCUGUGCUAUCAGAUGAAUUUUAUGUACAAGUGCUUGGUAAAAAUGGAUCCAUUACAGAUGUGGAACAAGAAGCUGCAUCGUGCUUCUAUCAAGGCUUUAUUAGAGACUAUGAAAACUCUACCGUUGCUGUAUCUACAUGUGAUGGCAUGUCAGGUUUCCUAAGGACGCACACCAGUGAAUUCUUUAUAUCACCAUUACCUCAGCACCUAGCAGAAAAGCACAACUAUACAUCACCUGAUGGACACCAUCCACAUGUACUUUAUAAGCGGUCAGCAGAGGUCAAAGUGGCCCCCAACAAAGCAUAUUCCAACCCUGCCAAUGAAAAGCAUCCGGCACGUUCCGAACAAACAUUGAGUGGUUCUCAAACUUUGCAGAAACAUUUUUGUGGAAGGCGAAACAAACAUUCACAGAAGUUACUGACAAAAAAUGCUUAUGUGAGAGCAGAUGAAUAUGAAAAUCUAUCAAGGGCAAAGCGAUCUGCUACUAAAUCCCAACAUUCGGGGGGCUUGGUUGUUGAAACUCUAGUUGUUGCAGAUAAGAAAAUGGUUGACAAACAUGGCAAAGACAGCGUGACCACUUACAUACUGACAGUUAUGAAUAUGGUUUCAAGUCUUUUUAAGGAUGGGACAAUAGGAACAGAUAUCAGCAUAGUGGUUGUUAGCCUUUUGCUACUGGAAGAUGAACAGGCAGGAUUUACAAUCAAUCAUCACGCUGAUCAAUCAUUAAACAACUUUUGUCAGUGGCAGUCAGCUCUCACGGGAAAGCAUGGGAAAAGGCAUGACCAUGCCAUACUGUUAACGGGAUUAGAUAUCUGUUCAUGGAAAAAUGAGCCUUGCGAUACUUUAGGUUUUGCACCUAUCAAUGGCAUGUGUAGCAAAUACCGCAGUUGUACAAUAAAUGAAGACACUGGUUUAGGAUUGGCUUUUACUAUUGCUCACGAGUCUGGUCACAAUUUUGGAAUGAUCCAUGAUGGAGAAGGGAACCCAUGUGGGAAGGCGGAGGGCAACAUCAUGUCUCCCACGUUAACAGGAAACAAUGGACUCUUUUCCUGGUCUGCAUGCAGCAGGCAAUAUCUUAAGAAAUUCCUCAGCACAGCUCAGUCGGCAUGUCUUAUUGAUGAGCCAAAGCAGUCAGGACAUUUCAAAUAUCCUGAUAAACUGCCUGGGCAGAUAUAUGAUGCAGAUACCCAGUGCAAAUGGCAGUUUGGGCCCAGGGCCAAGCAAUGCAGCUUGAGUUUUGUAAAGGACAUAUGCAAGUCACUUUGGUGUCACAAAGCUGGUCAUAGGUGUGAGACAAAGUUCAUGCCAGCAGCAGAAGGCACUGUUUGUGGUCUAAAUAUGUGGUGUCGAAGAGGACAGUGUGUAAGAUUUGGGGAUCAUGGCCCAAAGCCAGUUAAUGGUGCAUGGUCAGAUUGGUCUGAUUGGUCUGAAUGUUCUAGAAAAUGUGGCGGUGGUGUGAUGUAUCAGGAGAGGCAUUGCAACAAACCAAAACCACAGUAUGGAGGAAAAUUUUGUCAGGGUUCCAGUCGUAUUUAUCAGCUUUGCAACAUUCAGUCAUGUCCACCCAAUACAGUUGAUUUCCGUGCACAGCAAUGUGCAGAGUACAAUAGCAAGCCUUUCAGAGGGUGGUAUUACAAAUGGAAACCUUAUACUCGAGUAGAAGAGGAAAAUAUCUGUAAACUUUAUUGUACGGCUGAAGAUUUUGACUUUUUCUUUGCAAUGUCCAACAAAGUGAAAGAUGGAACUCCAUGCUCCACAACUGGUUAUGAUGUUUGCAUUGAUGGCAGCUGUGAGCUUGUAGGGUGCGAUUAUGUUCUUGGAUCAAAAGCGACUCUCGAUGCCUGUGGGGUUUGUAAAGGUGAUAAUUCAACAUGCACAUUCUACAGAGGGCAGUACCUAAAUCAGCACAAAACCAAUGGAUAUUAUUCAGUUGUAACUGUACCAGCUGGAGCCAGAAGUAUACACGUGCGUGAACAUGAAGUAUCUACCAGUUAUCUUGCAGUGCGCAACCUAAAGAAAAAGUAUUACCUAACUGCAGAUUGGACUAUUGACUGGCCUGGGAAGUUCUCAUUUGCAGGAACCAUUUUUAACUAUCAACGAUCUUUCCAGCAACCUGAAAGCAUUUAUGCAGCUGGACCCACCAAUGAGACACUGGUCUUUGAAAUCCUUUUCCAAGGAAAGAAUCAAGGACUUACUUGGGAGUACACCUUACCCAACUCUGUAAAAGAAAAUACCACGACUAUAAUAACAAAGAACUUCUCUUGGUUCUCUGUGUAUUCAGGGUGUUCUGUCACUUGUGGGGGAGGUCAUAUGAUGGCAAAACUUGUUUGCAUACAAGAUCAUUACAUACAAGUUGAUUCCUCUUUGUGUGCGCUUCAGGCCAAACCACAUUCUGUUCCCAAAGUAUGCAAUGACCAGCCAUGUCCAGCAUACUGGUCAGUUAGUGAAUGGAGCUCUUGUAGUGUUUCAUGUGGUGGAGGACAACAAACUCGCCAAAUUCAGUGCGUUCAGAAAACUCUAAUGCAAACUGAGAUGUUGGUGGGCCAUUCACAAUGUCCAGUAAGCACUCCUAGUCAAGUGCAGGCUUGCAACGUUCAGGAUUGCCCAGCAGAGUGGAGCUCAGGCCCCUGGUCUCAGUGCUCCAGAAGCUGUGGCAAGGGAAUGAAAAAACGAGAGGUUUUCUGCAGAAGUAUGAAUUCAGGAAAAUAUAAAAUUCUUCCAGAAAAUCUGUGCCCCAUGCAAGCAAAGCCAGAAUCCACAGAAAGCUGUGUGCUAGCACGUUGCCAGAAACAUGACAAACUCCAGUGGGCAAUAUCUGCUUGGACUGAGUGUUCAGCAACAUGUGGUCCUGGUGUUAAAAAACGUGAACUGAAGUGUGUUGAAAAAGAUUCUCAUGGCAAACUCAUCCCUUUUCCGUUAAAAAGAUGCCGCAGUGUGAAGAAAGUAAAUAUAGCUCUGGAACAGCCAUGCAACAGCGCACCAUGUCCUGUGCAUACACCAUACAGUACUUUUAAUGGAUGGCAUGCAUCUCCAUGGCAACAGUGCUCCGUUACAUGUGGUGGAGGCGUGCAAAGCCGGAGUGUACAAUGCGUUCACCAGGGAAGACCAGCUGCUGGAUGUUUGCCAUAUCAGAAACCUCCAACUUCUCAAGCUUGUAACAUACACUUUUGCCCAACUUCAGAAACACAAGAAAGUGCUUCUUGCAUUGAUUACUACAGCUGGUGUUCCCUGGUCCCCCAGCAUGGCGUCUGUAACCAUAAAUUCUAUGGCAAACAGUGCUGUAAAUCAUGUGCACGAAAGAAAAACUACCGGGACACAUUUUGAGCUUCUUUUGAAUGCAUCUUUUUUAAUAUAUCACAGCCUAUCAUUUCCUCUGGUGUCUGGUAUCCAGAGAAUAAACCAGACCAUCAGUUCUGAAACCUUAUUUGGAAAAAAGUCAAGUGAUUUUAAGAAAAGGUGGAAUUUAACCUACAGUAACAAGAUGGUAAAUCAUUAUAACAAAACUAUGUCAGUUAUUGGAAUUAAGCAUGAUAUUCUUCUGGAAGUAAACCAUGUUUUGAAGGGUCUUCGUCAAAACAAACAGAAGUCACUUCUGAGAACACAUAAAGAGGUCCUACAGUUUCAGGUCUAAUGGGGAUUGUUUAAUAAAGCACUUGUACAAUGCAAUUUAUUUUAUUAGUAUUCUGAUAAUAUUUCUGAUGACUUUCAAGAUUGUUUCAGAGAUAAACCACGAAGAAACAGAAUAAUUUUGUUACUGACUAACCACCUGAAGAAGGACAAAUGUAGGGGAUCAUGAAUUGUUGUCAGAAGAUGGAUGGUGCUGUCCAUACACAUAUGGUGCUGAGCAUAAUUAUUUUAUGGGCUGGACCCUAAAAAUAAAUAUUUUAAUAUAAUUUACAGUGAGCCAAUGAAUUCUUAGGUAGGCCAUGGGCCAACUACAAUCUCCUCAUGAGAAACAACUUUUUAUUCCAUUUGGAUAAACAAUGAUUUGUUCCAUAUAUUUGGAAAUCAGAAAAGUCUUCAUCUGUCUUUUAUAUUUAUUGCCAAGAACUUAUAUGAACAAUAUGAAUACUGUGGCAAUGCUGGCUUCAGGACAGUACUUUUGGCACAAUAUAUUAUAGAAUGAAAAACUUUCAGGUGAAAAAAGAGAUUUGCUUUUUGUGGUGCUUAUUAUCUGGCUUGCUGCUGGAAAAGCAAGUUUUUGUGAAAAUGAUUUGUACUGUUGUAGAUUCCAUGUAGUAAAAAGCAAUUCAUAGCAAAGUAUAGUUAGAACAGGCUAUAGCAAAACAAAAAACAUAUUGAAAAGUACUUGACGGAAGUUGGCGUACAAUUUAUUGUGUAAUUUAUUUGGCAAAUAAAUGAAAAUACUGUAAAUUGACAUUAAGCAUAAUAGUAAUGUUCUUUCAGGCAGUUCUGUGAAUGACAGAGUAUUUGGAAGCUGAAUGCUGGGCACUGUGUAUGUGCUAAAGUAAAGAAUGGGUUGGCUAUGAGGAACUGUACAUUAUUAGAUGAAAAGCGUUUACAUUAAUAGUAGAAGCAUCCUAACACUGAACAAUAUUAUGUGAUAUUUUAUAAAAGGUCAAUUUUGAAUAAUAUUCAAAAGGUCAGUUUUUCAUAGCAACUACAUCAAAUACUGGAAGAAGUAGGCAAAUUAAACAUUGGUUUAAAUAAAGGCAAAAAACCUAUUUAAUAUACUAAGCACAUUAUCUAGGACAGUAUACAGUAUAUGGGGAGUUGGCUAAUUAAGGGACUGUUUUACAAUUAUUCAUAUUUUUUUUUUACAAGCAAUACCAGUGCAUAACGUAAAAAAAAAUAUGGCACUUUUCUAUUGAACUACUUAUUUUCCACUCUCUGGAAUGAUUUGGAUCUGGAUUCCCCUAGUUUGAUCUUUCAUAAAUGUGCCCCUAGGUGUAUUAGAUAAAUAUUUAAUGACUACAUUUAAUUACCAUUAGGAAUGCUGUGUGCAGCGGUUGCCUGUAGAUGUUUGGUUUGAUGCCAUGUAUUAAAUGAUGCCUCUUUAAAUCCAAAUUAGGUAAAAAAAAAAAAGAUCAAAUAAAUAAAUGAUUGAAUUGCCAAACCAGCGGGGUUCAGACAUGGUUAUGUCCUACUAUAAUUUUCUGAGGAGUGGCAAUAUGAAAUAUAUUUAUGGAAUUUGACAAAGCAAGUUUAAUUUUACUACAAGGCUAAACGUAACAUUUAAAUCUAUGAUUACCUAACUCAGCACUAAUGGUAGACAGCGGUCAGUUAAAAUUAGCAGCUUAGUUAAUUCAAAACAUAUACUUCUUUUGUACUUCAGUACAUUUCUGCUUACAAAUUAGUCCUUACGCACAAACUGUAGAGCCAGAGUAAAUAACCAUUGGCUUGAGCCUUUAAUACCUUUCUGGCUGCCCUCAGUUUUUUUAUCAUGUUUAUGCUGUUGGCGGCAAUUCUAAAACUUCUGGGAAAACCAUGUAUUUUUUUUAAAUGCCCAUAUUCAAAUAUAUUAUCGUAUUUGAAACACUGUAUUUAAAAAAAAAAUAAUAAUAAUAAAAGUCCAACAGACAGGUCUGUGUGUGAGAUUUUAUAAUUGUGAACAUAUGAGCAUUUUAAUUAAUUAUUAUUUGUGAAGUUUGAAUUUUAUAUUAUUGUUUGUGUAAUAGCUCCACUGGCACUAAAAGGGGUUAUACUUUGUCAUAAACCCAUAAUAUGAUGUACAAUAGUUGUAUAGAGUUGUAUUAUUUAUGUUUUAUAUUACAUGCAGAAUGCUGUACAUUUUUCCAAUAAAAUAAUAAAGCUGUAUGUAUCAAAGCAA